AUGGAUGGCAUGCUGAUCGCCAUCCAACAACCGAAAGGGCUCUACCCAGGGGAGACCCAGAGCUUCAUGACCCGGAAAGGGUACUAUGCGCUCAACACCAUGGUCGUGCGUGAUGGCGACAUGAAGAUCUUGGACAUCGACCCCUGUUUCCCGGGGUCAUGCCAUGACUCCUUUGUCUGGCGGCACACCCCGCUGCGCAGCCGCCUUGAAACUGUCCUGAGACCUGGAGAAAUCGUGCUUGGAGUCUCGGGCUAUCCCCCGGAGCCCUGGAUUCUAACGCCUGUCCCAGGACACCCAGCUACCGACACACCAGAGGGGCGCUACAACAGGGCGCAUGCCUCCAAUGUUGUAGAAAGCCCCGAGAAAGGAGCUGUGAUAGUGGCUGCCUGUGCAGCUCUGCAGAACAUUGUGUUGGAGGCAGGCGAGCCAUGUAUUGUUGCUGAUGAUGAUGAUGACGACGACGUCGACGAUGUUGUACAAGUCGCACUGCAGCCUACCAGAGCCCGAGUGGAGAGUUGCCACCGGAAUCAAGGCGCCCACCACCACCACACGACUUGCUCUUGA